AGUCUGGGCCGCUGGGUGCAGAGCCUGCCGCAGCCCCGGCGGCCACGGUCGCUUCCUCAAUCGUGAUACCCAUUGUCUCCCACCCCGUCCGGCCCUCCGCUUCCCCGACAACCAUGGCGCACGAAGCCGGGAGGAGCUCUCGUCUUGGGGGGCCCUGCGGGGAACCUGCGGAGCUCGGAGGUGAUGCUAGCGAGGAGGACCACCCCCAAGUCUGUGCCAAAUGCUGCGCACAAUUCACGGAUCCAGCUGAAUUCCUCGCCCACCAGAACGCAUGUUCUACUGAACCUCCUGUAAUGGUGAUAAUUGGGGGCCAAGAGAACCCCAACAACUCUAAUGCCUCCUCUGAACCCCGGCCUGAGGGUCACAGCAGUCCCCAAGUCAUGGACACAGAGAACAGCAAUCCUCCAGAAUCCGGGUCCUCUGGGCCGACUGAUCCCACCUGGGGCCCAGAGCGGAGAGGAGAGGAGACUUCAGGGCAUUUCCUGGUCGCUGCCACAGGUACAGCGGCUGGGGGAGGUGGGGGCCUAAUCUUGGCCAGUCCCAAGCUGGGAGCAACCCCAUUACCUCCAGAAUCCACUCCUGCACCCCCCCCUCCACCACCUCCCCCUCCACCCCCAGGUCUAGGCAGCGGCCACUUGAACAUUCCUCUGAUCUUGGAAGAGCUGCGUGUGCUGCAGCAGCGGCAAAUCCAUCAGAUGCAGAUGACUGAGCAAAUCUGCCGGCAGGUGCUGCUGCUUGGCUCCUUAGGCCAGUCCGUAGGUGCCCCUGCCAGUCCCUCAGAGCUACCUGGGACAGGGACUGCCUCCUCCACCAAACCCCUACUACCCCUCUUCAGCCCCAUCAAGCCUGUUCAAACUGGCAAGACACUGGCACCUUCCUCCUCUUCCUCCUCCUCCUCCUCAGGGGCAGAAACACCCAAGCAGGCUUUCUUUCACCUUUACCACCCACUGGGGGCACAGCAUCCCUUCUCUGCUGGAGGGGUUGGGCGAAACCACAAGCCUGCCCCUGCCCCCUCCCCUGCCCUUCCAGGCAGCGCAGAUCAGCUGAUUGCCUCACCUCAUCUGGCAUUCCCAGGCACCACAGGACUACUGGCAGCACAAUGUCUUGGGGCAGCCCGAGGCCUUGAGGCCACUGCCUCCCCAGGGCUCUUGAAGCCAAAGAACGGAAGUGGUGAGCUGGGCUAUGGGGAAGUGAUGGGUCCCUUGGAGAAACCAGGUGGAAGGCACAAAUGCCGCUUCUGUGCCAAAGUAUUUGGCAGUGACAGUGCCCUGCAGAUCCACCUCCGCUCCCACACCGGUGAGAGGCCCUAUAAGUGCAAUGUCUGUGGCAACCGCUUUACCACCCGUGGGAACCUCAAAGUGCAUUUCCAUAGGCAUCGCGAGAAGUACCCACAUGUGCAGAUGAACCCACAUCCAGUGCCAGAGCACCUUGACUACGUCAUCACCAGCAGYGGCCUGCCCUAUGGUAUGUCUGUACCACCAGAGAAGGCUGAGGAGGAGGCAGCCACGCCAAGUGGAGGUAUGGAACGCAAGCCUCUGGUGGCCUCCACCACAGCACUCAGUGCCACAGAGAGCCUCACGCUGCUCUCCACUGGGGCAGGGACUGCCACAGCUCCCGGGCUCCCUGCUUUCAAUAAGUUUGUGCUCAUGAAAGCAGUGGAGCCCAAGAGUAAAGUUGAUGAAAACACUCCCCCAGGGAGUGAGGGCUCAGCCAUCAGUGGAGUGGCAGAAAGUGGCACUGCAACCCGCAUGCAACUAAGUAAGCUGGUAACUUCGCUACCAAGCUGGGCACUGCUUACCAACCACUUCAAAUCCACUGGCAGCUUCCCCUUCCCCUAUGUGCUAGAGCCCCUGGGGGCCUCACCUUCUGAGACAUCCAAGUUGCAGCAGCUGGUAGAAAAGAUUGACCGACAAGGAGCUGUAGCAGUAGCCUCUGCUCCAUCAGGGGCCCCCACCACCUCUGCCCCUGCACCUUCAUCCUCAGCCUCUUCUGGACCUAACCAGUGUGUCAUCUGCCUCCGGGUGCUGAGCUGUCCUCGAGCUCUACGCCUGCACUAUGGUCAACAUGGAGGUGAGCGGCCCUUUAAAUGCAAAGUGUGUGGCAGAGCCUUCUCCACCAGGGGUAAUCUGCGUGCACAUUUCGUGGGCCAUAAGGCCAGUCCAGCUGCCMGGGCCCAGAACUCCUGCCCCAUCUGCCAGAAGAAGUUCACUAAUGCUGUCACUCUGCAGCAGCAUGUUCGGAUGCAUCUGGGGGGCCAGAUCCCCAAUGGUGGUACUACACUCCCAGAGGGUGGAGGAGCUGCCCAGGAGAAUGGCUCUGAGCAAUCUGCAGUCUCUGCGGUGGGAAGCUUCCCCCAGCAGCAGUCACAGCAGCCAUCACUGGAAGAGGAAAUAUCUGAGGAWGAGGAUGAGGAUGAGGAAGAGGAGGAAGAUGUGACUGAUGAAGAUUCCUUAGCAGGAAGAGGCUCAGAAAGUGGAGGUGAGAAAGCAAUAUCAGUGCGAGGUGACUCAGAAGAGGCAUCUGGGGCAGAGGAGGAGGUGGGGUCAAUGGCCGCAGCAGCCACAGCUGGGAAGGAGAUAGACAGUAAUGAGAAAGCAAAUCAACAGUCUUCUCUACCUCCACCUCCGCCUCCACCUGAUUGCCUGGAUCAACCCCAGCCAAUGGAGCAGGGCAGCAGUGAGGUUUCAGGAGGCAUGGAAGAGGUGGGUAAACCAGAGAGGAGCUCAAGCCCUGAAACACCACUCAAUCCAGAAAGAGAAGGCACUGGCACCCCCUUGGUGGAGGAGCUGAGCUUGCAGGAAGCUGGGAGAAAGGAGCCAGGAGAGAGCAGUGGCAGAAAGACCUGUGAAGUGUGUGGCCAGACCUUUCCCAUCCAGGCAGCUCUGGAGGAGCAUCAGAAGACACACCCCAAGGAGGGGCCGCUCUUCACUUGCAUUUUCUGCAGGCAGGGCUUCCUUGAGAGGGCUACCCUCAAGAAGCAUAUGCUGUUGGCUCACCACCAGGUACAACCCUUUGCUCCCCAUGGCCCUCAGAAUAUUGCUGCUCUUUCCUUGGUCCCUGGCUGUUCACCUUCCAUCACUUCUCCAGGGCUCUCCCCCUUCCCUCGAAAGGAUGACCCCACAAUCCCGUGA